CUCCUUCCCCGUGGCGCCCGGACUUAUCGGCCUUCUGCGCCGACCCCUCUGCAUCCAUUAGUAGCCGGCGGUGGGAGAAGUAUGCCACACUGGUAGAGAGGGCAUGCAGAGUGCGUGAUGACGGUGUCGUUUCCCGUGCUUGUGGAGCCUGGCGUGGCGUUUGCGCGCGGAGGAUGGGUUCAGGUGCCCAGGCCCGAUCAGCAACCUGCCACGGGCCACGGCAUGCCAGUCGGCAAUCUCACCUGUUGGCACUCUCAACAGACAUCAGCUCCCUAUGAUGUUGGCAUCGGCUGUGCUACCAGCGUCGGUGGCCUGGGCAGCAGCCGGCGACGAGAGCGGAUGGCGGCACCCGGGCUCAUCGCCGCAGGCAACGUACAGGUGUCCCUCGCGCAGCUCGUCGGUCCGCUCCACAGCCCUGCCCGAGACGGCGUCCACAAGGCGGACAACAGUUCCGGUGAUACACCAGCGACCAGCAGUGGUGAGGCCGACAAGGACGUCCGCCAGCGCAGCACCACCGUCAACAAAGACCACCUCGCCGUCGUCGGCAGCGUCGCCGUCCCGGACAAGGCGGACAGCAGGCAUAGCGCUUCCUCCAGCAACCGACCAACAACAAGAUUGGCUGCGGUGUGGCUGGCUACCGCACAGUAUGUCUGCGGGCGUAGCGUGAGGUGAAGUGGUGUUCCUCUGGAGACGGAGCCUGCUGUUUCCUGCCAACGGCGUGGCGCGCCAACUGCUCUCAGGCACCCCGACUGAUACACGGGGGAGGGGCCAUGUUACUCGUCAUCCUCACUGUCAGCAACACGCAUGAGCAUCCGCUUGGCGGCCUCGUAGAUGCCAAAGAAGACAAAGCCGCCGAUAGAGAUCCACAUGACCCGCGGCUGGAUGCCGGCAAAGAGGGCACGGGCGCCCUCGUCGCGGGCAAUGGUACGGAUGGUUGAUAUCGUCGACGGAGGGCCAGCCGCGGACGCCUCGGCGAGCAUAAUGCGGGUCUUGGCCACGUCAAGCGGGGUGGUGAUAGCAGCGGCAAUGCCACCGGCCACAGAGCCGCAUGCUGCUGCCUCAACUGACGACGGCGCGGACCGGUCGCCCACGGCGGCGAGCCGGACCUUGAACGCCUCGUAGAGCGGAAACUGGAUAAAGGCAAACGGGAUCUC